AUGUCUUAUUACAGAAAAGAGCUACAGCAGGUGUUGUGCCGCUAUGUCACAGACACCCUCAACGACAUCGACACUGUAAGAGGAUUCUGUGAAGACGUCUCUAAAUGGGGGCUCCAUAGGGAGACAGAAUUAAACAUGAUGAAAGAUAUCAAAGAGAGGGUUGACAACCAUGUUUCUAAGUCAGGGAGCCAUGCAAAGCUGCAGGAGGAGCUGGAUGCCGUGCUCAAGGACACUUUGGUUGGCCUGGCGAAGCUCGAAUACUUCCUGGAUGCAGUGGAGAAGCUGGCGGUCACUUCGCUCCAUGUGAUUACUGAGAACCAGGCGCUAUGUCUGCCCAAAGGGAUCAGCCCCAAUUGUGUUCAAGUUGUCAUCACUGUGGCACAGCUAAUCUGCCCUCUCCUCCUCGAGUUCAAAAGAGAUGCACAAGUCUUCUUUCUGCCCAGACUUCAGAAUGUGGAAGUGCUCUCGUAUGAGUUGGACAAGUACAUACGGACCAUGCAGACAAUCUGCGAGACAUUAGGAAGAAGUGUAACUGUCUUUCACAACUCCCUCAGUGACUUUCAUUCGGAAAUGACGACGGAAACUGUGGUGAACUUCGAAGUGGAUCUGUCUGAAGAUGACACGCGGAGGAUGCUUGAUCAUAUAAAUCAGCUGGAUGAGAUCAGGAUGAACAAGCACUUCAGGAUGGUGUUCUUGUUUCAAGAGAAAUCGUUUUGUGACUUCAUCAGUGAGUUCAGCAAGCGACAGGACAGGAUGCUGAAGUUUCUCAACGACCUGGAGGAGAGGGCUAUUCAGCUCGACAGGAUGAAUAAGGGGGCAAAGAUCUCCAGCGUGGUAGGCAACUCGGUUGGGGCGGCUGGAGGUGUGCUCUCCAUUGUUGGCUUGGCGUUAAUUCCUUUUACGGCAGGGCUGUCUCUAGGUCUGACAUGGACGGGGUUUGGUAUGGGAAUCUCCAGUGCAGCCAACAGCGCUGUCACCACCGCCACAGAGAUUGGAGUAAAUGCAACUCAAAAAAACAAAGCCAGGGAGGUUUUCCAGAAAUUCAUGGAGGAUGUGCAGAGUCUCCAGGAAUGUCUGGACAAGGUGACCAAUCAAGUCGACAUGGAAAUGGUAGAGAGUUUCAUCACAGUGGCUCUGGGAGUUGGCAAGGGUCUUCUUAAAGUUGCUGCUAAGUUUUUUACAAAAAAGUUGAUUAGAGAUGUCGUCAAGGGAUAUUUCAAUGUUGCCAGGUCAGUCAGGGCUGCCUCUGCUAUUAAGUUGUUGAAAAAUGAAGAGUUGAUUGCAGGUGUUGGUAAGGUGGUGGCACAGGAAGGUAAAGCAUUACGUAAUGUGCCCAGGGUGGCCGCUGACAUCCCAGAUAUUGGUCAGGCAGUCGCCAAAGGGCCUCUCACUCUUUCCAAGUCAGCUAGGGUAGGUCUCAUAGCAGUCAAUGCUCUCUUCCUUGGCAUGGAUAUCUUCUUCAUCGUUAAGGACAGCAUCAGUCUGGCAAAUGGCAAUGAGACCGCCUUCUCACAGUGGAUCAGGGCCAGAGCUACUCUGUGGAGCUCAGAGAUGGAUUCCUGGAAGGGGAUCCACGACUCCCUGUGCGAGGGCCGAGAGACGUCAGAGAAAAAAAAAGCUCUUCUGGAGACACCAUUUUAUCCUUAGAUGGAUGUGAAGAAGCAGAGUGAAGAAGAAAAGGAAUUUUCUCCUGAUAAAGUGGAAAAAAAUAUGAAAUAAAAGAAGCUUAUACUACUGAACACAGUAG